AUGCGCAUCUUCGUGCGCUCUGUCGAGGGACAAACCUCCGCUCUCGAGGUCGAUGGGCAGGCGGAGGUUCAGGCCGUGAAAGCGACGAUCGCUUCCCUCUCCGGUGUGCCGGCAGAGGAGCAGGUCUUGAGCUACGGAGGGACCAUCCUCGACUCCGCGGCACGCCUGGCGGAUUGCGGUGUCGAGGACGAGGCGACUCUCUUCGUCUCCCUCGAGUUGCAGGGCGGCGGCAAGAAGCGCAAGAAGAAGACCUACACCAAGCCGAAGAAGAUCAAGCACAAGCGCAAGAAGGUGAAGCUUGCAGUUCUUAAGUUCUACAAGGUGGAUUCCAACGACAAGGUCACACGCUUGCGCCGAGAGUGCCCGCACGAGACCUGCGGCCCCGGAGUUUUCAUGGCCAUGCACUUCAACCGCUACUACUGUGGCAAGUGCCACCUCACCUACUUGAUCAAGAAGGACCUGCCGCCACAGCUCAAAGCCUUCAAAACCAGCUCUGUAAAUUUCUAG